AUGAAUGACUUUAAUGAUCGGGGACGGCCGGUCAAGCGCAAGCGCGAGGACUGGGCAGGACCAGGCCCGGGACACCGUGACAACGACAAGACGUCAAAAGUUGUUGAACCAUUCCAGCAGUCGUCUAAGGCCAUGGCACCGCCACUUCCCGGAGAAACGCUGUCAAAAGAUGAGAAGGUCGCUUCCAUUGGCCUGGCCGCCGAGUCGUUCCGGCCCCUGAUGCGCGAGUUGCAGCAGCUGGAUGAUCAAAAUCCAGUCCUUGCAGAGCAAGCCGCGCGACUGGUGGCCCUCUUCCGGCGCCUCUGGGAAUCGUACGUCGCGCAGCAUGCCGAGAGCUCGCGCCUCGAGAAGGAAAUCAGUCAGAUGCAGAUCGCCCACGCCUGCCUUGUCGACGAAAACACCCAGUUGAACCGUCGCUGCCAGGACGAGGAGGCCCGCUUGUGCCACUUUCGAGCAGCGAUCCAAAAAUUACGGAAAGGAGUGAUUGACGUGUUUGAAAAGUGGGAGAAUUUCCAGAUGACGGAAGCUCCGGCAGCGGGCGGUGCGGACGGACCGACGCAGGAGGAGGAGAACGUGGCAGUCAUUGUGCCCGCCGUGCAUGCUCAAGGGGACCAAGGCACCAGCGCUUCACAAUAG